UACAAAAUAAACUAAAAUUAAAAAUUUAAACUGGACAAUAAUAUUGAGAUUUUAUAGGAAUGUAAACUAAACUAAAAUUCAAACUUUUACAAUAGACAGAUGAAAUAAUUGUUACCAUUCAACAAAGACCAUCACUCGGACUAAGGAGCAUAGAUUUAUAAUUUAAAACGUUUUCGUGUUCAUCUAGUGAUUUUUUUGUUUGAGCUUUCCCUCCUAUGGGCUAUAGGUCGCUAGGCUACCUUCCUCUAAACGCUUUAGAAAAAACCAGAACUUUUCUUUGUUCUGCGAUCUCUCUACCUGAAUUGCUAGGGUCAAGUAGGCCGAGGGUUUGCGAAGUACGAGUGUAAUGACGAUCUGUACGACGUCGUCAUCUUCCUCAUCAUCUUCAAGCUCGACUAAAUCUUGGAUAUUCCACGGCCUGGCUGUCGGGACAGCUGUGGCGGUGGCCAUUGGAGCUCAUGCCUACUUUUAUCUCCGCCGUCCCGGAAAGUUCCGGAGCCGAGUCGUCGGAAUUAUUCCCGCGCGUUUUGCUUCCUCCCGCUUUCCCGGCAAACCUCUUGUUCAGAUCCUCGGGAAACCCAUGAUCCAGAGAACAUGGGAAAGGGCUAAAUUGGCUUCAUCACUAGAUCACCUCGUGGUGGCAACGGAUGAUGACAAAAUUGCCGAUUGCUGUCGUGGAUUUGGUGCUGAAGUGAUAAUGACUUCAGAAUCAUGCCGAAAUGGUACUGAACGUUGUAAUGAAGCUCUUCAAAAGCUUGGGAAGAAGUAUGACAUCGUUGUUAACAUCCAAGGAGAUGAACCCCUGAUUGACCCUGAAAUAAUUGAUGGCAUUGUAAAAGCCUUGCAGGCUGCACCAGAUGCAGUUUUUAGCACAGCAGUGACUUCCCUGAAACCUGAAGAUGCUUUCGAUACCAAUCGUGUGAAAUGUGUUGUUGAUAAUCGCGGUUAUGCUAUCUAUUUUUCGCGGGGUCUAAUCCCAUUUAACAAGUCUGCGCAGGUGAAUCCUCAGUUUCCCUAUAUGCUUCAUCUUGGAAUUCAGAGCUUUGACUCAAAGUUUCUGAAGAUAUAUCCUGAGUUGGCUCCAACACCAUUGCAACUUGAAGAAGAUCUUGAACAAUUGAAAGUCCUUGAAAAUGGCUACAAGAUGAAGGUGAUAAAAGUCAACCAUGAGGCUCACGGUGUAGAUGCUCCGGAAGAUGUUGAAAAGAUAGAAGCUUAUAUGAGGGAGAAAAACUUGCCUUAGGACAGGAGGAUUAUACUAAGCAUCACUCCACAAUUUGACAUUUGCAUUAUUUCCCCUUUCCUUCUUUCUGCUGUUGAUUGUUUUACGUACAUCCUGGAAAUCCUCUUGUAUCAUAAUGUAAGAGAUGGUUAACACUAGUUUCAACCAGUAAAAUGGAGGUGUGUGUAAAGGCUUGGCUUGGUUGCUGGUGUUGAGGGACUGCAGUUUUGGAUAUUCUCUGAAAUUUCUUGUGUACUAGUUCCUUUCUAGACAUAUUAACCUUGUCUGGAUACAUAAUUUUCUGAUUUUCUCAAACGAAAUAAAAACAUUUGUAAAUGUUGUUAUAUGGCUAUGGAGCUAGUCAUUCUGUGGGGAGAGACUAGUCAUAUUGUUAUGGAUCAAACUGGAAACUUGAAGUCUCCUGGGGAGGGAGCCCAGAUGUCACCUUCUGUAUCAUUGAAAUGGUAAGCUUUUCAUUUAUGAUUGCAAGUAUUGGAAUGGUUUUUACUCCCAUUUAAUUUCCACCGGUAGGAAGAAGCUCUGGUAAAAGAUUGACCCAAAUCGUACUACUGUGGUCCCCCUCUUUCUCCAUGAUAAUAAUUCAGGAAGCAAUUCCCCAAGGA